UUUAACGGGGUUAUUUCUAAUGGAAGAAACAUGUUGAAUAGUUACUCAGUUUAGUCCUUUGACAUCUGAUGAGGAGAGUGGUGCAAUAUUAAACACACGAGAUAUGCACAGAAGAAAUCUGAUCAUGAACGAAUAAUUUAAAUGCUCUUGCUACGCAAGGUGCUAAUCAACUUGACAGUUCUAGCUGUGAUUCUGGUGCUGUUCUAUUGUUAUCAGACAUCAAAUGGUGUACACUGGUCGGUGCACACUGUUCCAGAGCAUGAGAACACCUCGACCACAAAGUCGAACGGUGGUUCCGGGGAGGAUGAGAUCUCGAAAGCACUCCUCGAGGCUGAAAAAGUUUACUACAAUGUCUGGUGCAUAUUCACGAAAGUUGCUAGCAACUCACCGAUGAGGAAGAAGUUUGCGAUUUUCGCAGAGUCUUUGCUUAGGUUAUCCUCCGUCGACAUUGUAUUCCACGUGAUAACUGAUGAGGAUAGUAAAGAUGUUGCAGAAAAGGUUCUGGAAGGGGUCCUGUUGUCUACAGGAAAAUUCAUGAAGGUGCAAUAUUAUGAUGUACACAAACUAGCAUCGCAGCUAGAAGACAUUGUAUCGGUGAUGUCUCCGCAUUUCAGUAGUAAACCGGGAACAUAUUACUCUGACGCUUUAUUCUUCUUGUCUCUGGGUUUGCAUAGAAUAGCUCCAAUCGAGCAGAGUGUGGCUGCAAUGUUCGAUGCUGACACGAAGUUUAGGAAGGAUGUCAAGGAACUUUUUGAAGAAUUCAACAGCUUCGGAGGUCAGGCACUGUUCGGCCUGGCUCCAGAGCUCACUCCAGUUUACAGACAUGUUUUGUAUCUGUAUCGCAACAAACACCCGAACACAUCUUUCGGGGAGCCUUCAAAGUCCAAUGGUUAUCCUGGCUACAAUAGUGGAGUAGUGCUUUUUAACUUGGACAGACUACGAAAUUCUUCUAUUUAUGAUCGUAUCGUUAAGAAGGAAAGUGUUCAAGCAAUGACUGAAAAAUAUCACUUUAAGGGACACUUGGGAGAUCAAGAUUUCUAUACGCUUCUAGGAAUGGAAAGACCUGAAUUGAUUCACACUAUCGAUUGCGGUUGGAACAGGCAGCUGUGCAUCUGGUGGAGAGACCGUGGUUACGCGGAUGUAUUCGGGAAUUAUUCAAGGUGCGAUUCAGAAACGAAAUUGUGGCACGGCAACUGCAAUACCCCAAUACCCGACGAUUGAUACAGAUCAAGAAUAAUUAGUUUCACGAACAUGACAAUGUAAGAUCUCUUUUCUCGAUUAUUGUUAGUGCAAUAAUAAGAUGCAUAGUUUAACCGUACCUGGUGCUGUUCAGAGUGUAGUAUUCAAAAUAUUUUAUCUCACGAUAUAUAGGGAUUCCGAAUCUGUGAUCC